ACAAUGACAGUUGCCAGAACGUACACAGGAACCGAAGCGCUGCUCUGAACUCGCUGCUGUUUGGGUUCGUUUUGCAGCUUUCGGCUCCUGCUGCCGGACAGAAAGCUGUGAGGAUGUAACCGCGCUGCUGCAGAUUAGCAUGUGUGUGAAUUUAAAGUGGACUUGGGACACGGCUCGGCACUUGGACCACGGCUGCAGGCUCGGAAUGCGUGUUGAUGGCCGCUCCUGGCGACUGAAGCGAGAAACGUAUCGAGAAGAACUUGGAUGGACUCGGUCCACUGAAAAGUCACAACUCUCUUGAACGACUUGAGGAACACUGUCAGAGGAGAAAUGGAUGUCUUUGGUGGCGCACCACGUUUCUUAGCCUACCCAAGACCUGUACUGGUCCAAAGUGGGACUGAUGCAGUUCUUAAGUGUCAAAUUGGCGGUGAUCCACGACCUGCUGUCAUCUGGGAGCGAAACAACGAAAAGAUUGACCCCCAAGGACGAUAUAGGGUCUUUGAAGAUGGCAAUGUUUACAACCUUAUCAUAACCGCUGUUACUGUUGAGGACAGUGGGCAAUACAUUUGCAAAGCUAAGAACAGUAUUGGGGAAACGUAUGCGGCUGCCACCCUAAAGGUAGAAGGCGAGGCGCAAGAGAUGGAGCUCAGAGAGGAAAACAAGCCACGGUUCCUCAUCAAGCCUCUUUCCACGCGUGUCGGCCGUGGGGAAGAUGCUGUCUUCUCCUGCAAGCUUUGGGGAAACCCGCGACCAGAAGUCGUUUGGGAAAAGGACGGUAGAAAACUCAACGAAAUAUUUGAGAGCAUGCAUUUCAACGUGGGCUACCAGGAUGGAGGAUGGUUUCAGCUCAAGAUUUUUAAGACUCGCGCUCCGGACGGUGGGGUGUACACAUGCAAAGCUCGGAAUGAGUUUGGAGAGGCGUUGGCAGGAGCCGUGUUGCUUGUCGACGCCGGCCCUGGACACGAAGAGGAAGGAAACCGUAACGGCUACACUAACGGUCACUGGAAGGUUCAUCAGGGAAAACAAAGGACUGGCAGGCAAGUGCCAACCCGACUAAAGGACGACGCCAUGACAAAGUCUGCAAAAGUAAAAAUGUUUGCUGUGACUGAAGGCAAACAUGCCAAAUUCCGCUGCUUUGUGACAGGAAAACCCAAACCAGAAAUAAUCUGGAGGAAGGAUGGGAGACUUAUCCUGUCCGGAAGGCGAUACUUGUUAUAUGAAGACAGAGAAGGAUACUUCACGCUCAAAGUUCUGUACUGCAAGCAAAAGGACAAUGGAGUUUAUGUCUGUGCUGCAUCAAAUACCGCAGGGCAAACCCUCAGUGCUGUGCAUCUCUCCGUCAAGGAGCCACCUGUCCAGUUUAAGCAACCGCUCUACGAUCUUGAAGUUUGGGAACGGGAUUUAGCUGUUCUGGAGUGUGAAGUUCCAGAAGAUUCAGUUCCCAUCACGUGGUAUCUGGAGGACAGACGACUGCAGCCGGGGGCCAAAUAUGGAAUGGAGGAGUGGGGAACAAAACGAAGGCUGACGAUUCGAGACAUUGGCGUUGAUGACGAUGGGAUUUACCUCUGUGAGAUGCCUGAUGGGGGCAGAAGCAUAGCGGAGGUAGCUGUAAAAGGUACAAUUUUGCGAAAGCUUCCAAGGAAAGUGGAUGUCUUGGAAGGUGAAAAUGCCGCCUUUUGUGUUGAAGUGGAAAAAGAAGAGAUGGACAUACAUUGGUACAAAGACGGCAUCGAGCUGCGUGAAACGCAUCAGACCAUCCUGAAGUCCUUUGGUCGAACUCACAUCCUGGUUUUUGUCAACACGAUGCCCCAAGACUCUGGCCUUGUGACCUUCCUCGUUGGCCGGUCCAAGACUUCGUCUCAGUUAAGAGUGAAAGCGGCUCGACAUUGUCCUCCAAGUUGUCCGGUAGGAGUUCAGAUCAACACGGAGCGCGCUAAUGCCGCUCUCCUGUCGUGGGUUCCCGCCCCGGAUUCACGCAAGAACCCUCCGUCUGGUUAUGUGCUUGAGCGACAGGAAGUAGGCACUGGUUCGCAGGAGUGGCUGCAGUGUCUGACCACUGACUCUGCAACCUCAGUGGAGAUCCUCGGUGACAGUGUCCCAUGUGAAGCAGAUUAUCGCUUUCGCAUUUGUAGUGUAAAUAAAUACGGAAAAAGCAACAAUGUUGAGUUCCCCAGAACUGUUCAUUUAGUUCCUGUCGCCAGAAUUCAAGCUCCUUUACAGGAUGCCUUGGUGCCAGAGGGACAAGAUGCUCUUUUCACCAUCGAGCUUUCUGCUUCGGUGAUUGGUACGUGGUUCUUAAAUGGUACUCAGCUUCAAGACGAUGAGCGUUAUGCCCUCCGCCGCUCAAGGACACACCAGUCUCUUCGUAUCCGAGGAGUACGCGAUGCAGACAACGGCGCGGAGAUUACAUUCAUUGCCUAUGGCAUCCGAGAUUCUGCUGCUCUGUACAUUCAAGCUCCACUUGUGAAAUUUUCACCUCUGUCUGAAAUGGAUCGAAACAAGUUUGUGGAAGUUGGCAAUCCCAUUGUGCUCUACUGUGAGCUCUCUGAUCCUGCCGCUCCGGUGCACUGGUACAAGAACGGCGUCGAGUUACAAACUAUGGAAGGUCUUCAUAUUCAGUCCGAGGGAACAAUGAGACGAAUUGUCAUCCAGUCUGCAGACUUCUCGCAUUCAGGAGUCUACUGCUGUGAUGCCAUUGACGAUGUAAUCAGGUUCAACGUGGAAGUCGAGGCCCCACCUGUGAGGUUUUCCGCAAUUCCAGAUGCUGAAAGGAGCAAAAGCAUCCAAGCAGGCGGGCCGUUUGUUUUACAGUGUGAACUCUCAGAUCCCUCUGCCCAAGUGUACUGGUACAAAGAUGGAUCAAAGCUCCACCCUCAAACCGGAGUCGACCUGAAAGCCGAAGGCUUAUGGAGGAAACUGGUCGUCCAUUCAGCAGACGUCACUCACUCCGGCUUGUACUGCUGCAAGAUGAAGGGCGAUGCCGUCACCUUCAGUGUGGACAUCACAGCUCCACCUAUGAAGUUCUCAGCUAUUUCUGAGGAUAUGAAGAUCAAGUUGAUCGAAGCUGGCAGCCCUAUAGUUCUCCAGUGUGUGGUGUCGGAUCCUGAGGCCCAGGUUUGCUGGUUCAAGGAAGAAAUGAAGCUCAUUUCCAGCUCUGGAUUAGAAAUCCAUUCAGUGGGCAACACAAGAACCUUAGUUAUUCAGUCGGCAGAGGUGACCCACUCUGGUGUAUACAGAUGCGCCACUGAUGAUGAUACCGUGGAAUUUCAAGUGGAGAUCAAAGCUCUACCUGUGACACACUCUACUAUCUUUGACGCUGAGAGAGGCGGGUCCCUUGAAGUGGGCAACCCUGUGAAGGUGGAAUGUGAGGCUGCAGCCUCCACUGUCCCGGUCUGCUGGAAUAAAGAUGGUAAAAAGCUCGACCCGCAAAAGGGUUGGGGUAUACAAAGUAACGGCACACCGCCGGGACCCGUUAUCCCACCCACUGAGCUCUUGCCCUCAGGGCAAUACUGCUGCCAAACCACUGAGGCCACUGUCCACUUCUCUGUGGAUGAUAAAGCUCCAACAUUGCCGCCCUACCGGGAGGUCGGAGGGUUGCAGGCACUCGAAGCAACCCGUCCAAUUGAACCAGUCGAUGAAAGCUCAGACCCUGCAAGCCAGGUGUCAUGGCCGAGAGAUUCACAGUCCUAUUCAAGCAGACAAUUUGGUUUUGAAAUGGGAGACAUCAAGGAGUCCCUUGUUAUUGAACCAACUCACCCUUCAAACUCUGGAGCAUACUAUUGUGCAACAGCAGAUGAUGUGGCCAAAUUAAUAGUAGUAAAUCCAGUGUCCCCUCCAACAUAUGUACUUGACCCUGAUGAGAAGACCAGGUCAACCGAAGAGCAAUAUCCAAUUGUUCAGCAAUUUGAGAUUUCGGAUCCCAUUGCUAAAGCUUGCUGGUACAAAGACGGAACCCAGAUUUAUCCUAAAAGAGGACCCGGCACCGAAGAGCACAGCCAGAUCUUGGCCCUUGUGUCCCAACACUUGUCUGACGAUGGCGUGCCGUUAAGAGAGGACGUGAAAGCAGAACAGUGUCACUCGCGUGACCUGGUUGGUGAGGUAGCUGAUGCAUCAGCCCAAUACUCUGUGGAAGUCAAAGCUACAUCGCCAAGGCUCUCUUCUGACCAAGAAAGGAACAAGUCUACGGAAGAGGCUUACUCUGACCAAGACACCCAGACGUCCCCACAAUGCAAUUCUGGCACCUUCACUGGAAAUUGGGGAGAUGAAGUUCACGUUGAGUAUACACCAACCUCUCAGCCAACAUAUGGAUUCACAUCUCACUGCGGUUCCAUGAAAUCCCACUUUAGGCCAAAACAAACUGAAUUUAACUUGGAGGAUCCUGUCCCGUCAAUGCAGAUCAACCAUUUUGAAAAGAAAAUAACCAAUCAACUAAAGCCAGGUAACCUCCAUAAGACUGUAAAAACCUUGACGGGGAGAGUAUCAAACACCAAACAGGCUUCAACAGACCAACCUGACAAGUUCUGUGCAGCCUUAGAAACUGCUCCUCAUCAGCAGGAGGAAUGGUUUGAGCUCUUAAAAGGUUCAACUGUAAAACCAGAGGAGGGCUCAAAAUCCACACAGACAACUGCUAUCCAAUCAGAGAGAGACUAUGGGUCCAAACAAAUACCAGCUGCUCUUCCGGAAAAGCUCCUAGGUUGCUCGCUGUCUGGGAACGUCCUCUGUUUGAGGCCCAAUGACUGUUUAACGACUUCAGCUCAACAGCCUGAGGAGCUAACCCGAGCCAAACAGUCAUCAGUUGCAUUGUCAGAGGAUUUGUUGUCCUCAGAGUUGCUAUGUCUGUCAAAUAAGGAAAAAACUGUCCAACAAAAUCAUCAUCAGAACCUGGAACCAGAAGAGAACCAAAUGGACCAGGCAAUGCACCGUGGAGAAAGUUCUGCCAUUUGCUUUCCAGACCUUGAUGACACCAAGAAGACAUGGACACAAUCCCAGUCAGAGAGGAAUUAUCUGUCAAGAACAAAUGACAGUCACUGGACUGACAAUGUCUCUGCUAAUAAGGUGGAUGUUGAAGCAUCCCCAACUCUGCCAGUGAGAAUCAAAACUCUUCAAGAGGCUGAAAGGAACAAGGCUGUUGAAGUUGGUGAACCCGUUGUGCUCCGAUGUGAGGUAUCAGAUCCCAGUGCUCCAGUAACUUGGGCAAAGGAUGGAGUCAAACUAUCUGAAGAAUCUGGGCAAAACCUGCUCACAGAGGGAUCCGUCAGGACGCUGGCUGUCCAAUCCGCGACGCCGUCUCAUGCAGGAAUUUACAUCUGCAAGACGUCACAUGAUGCAGUGCAGUUUUAUGUGGAUGUGAAAGUUCCUCCCCUGACAUUUGCGGCUUUAUCUGAGGCUGACCAGAAAAUGACAGUAGUAGCCGGCGCUCCCAUAGCUCUGCAGUGCGCGCUGUCAGACCCCUCCGGACAAGUCAGUUGGUACAAGGAUGGAAGAAAGCUCCUAGCUCAAAGUGGAGUAGCCAUCCAGUCCCAGGGAAAUGUGAGAAGUCUGGUUGUGCCGUCCGCUGAGCGAGCUCAUACUGGUGUGUACCGGUGCGAGUCAAAGGAUGAUGACAUCCAGUUCUCUGUGGAAGUAAAAGGGCUGCCUGUGAAGUUCUCAAAACUGCCAGAGAAGGACAGGAACAGAUCCGUCGAAGAGGGAAAACCUUUUGCCCUUAGCUGUGAACUCUCUCAUGACCCCUUGGCUCAUGUCGACUGGUACAAAGACGGGAUGAAACUUGGGUCUUGGGACAAAGUGGAAAUGAAAUCAGAUGGUCUGACAAGGACCCUAAUCAUCCCAUCAGCUGAAAGCAUUCAUGCUGGUAUCUAUGAAUGCUCCACAUCAGAGGACAGCAUUACCUUUAAAGUGGACGUAAAAGGCCAAUCACCAAGGAUUAUGGCAACCCCAUUUACCGAAAAAUACAAGCUGAUUAGAAUCGGUUCUCCAAUAUUCCUGCAGUGCGAGGUGUCAGACCCUGCUGCUCAGGUUUCCUGGUUUAAAGAUGAGCUGGAGCUUUUCUCCAGAACAGGCCUUGAUAUGAAAAGAGACGGCACCCUGAGGAAGUUAAUCGUUCACUCAGCAAAGGUCUCUGAUUCUGGCCUCUACAGCUGUAGGCUCGCUGAAGAGGUCGUGACCUUUCACGUGGACAUUGAAGCUACUCCUGUGAGGUUCUCAAAGCUACCAGAGGUUGCAAGAAGUAAUUUUGUAGGAGCCGGCUGCCCGGUUGAGCUGCAGUGUGAAGUCUCAGAGACAGCUGCUCAAGUUCACCGGCAUACAGACGGAGAACGGCUUCUGGAAACCAGUGAAUAUGAAACCCAAACCAGUGAAAACCUGAGGGGACUGGUGGUUCAGUCAGCAGAAGUCAGGCACUCCGGGUUGUUCAGCCGUGAGGCCACAGAAAACCAUAUUCAAUUCAAGGUGGAUGUUGCAGCUGUUUCAGAGGCUCAGAGGAGCGAAUCUGUUGAGGCAGGAAACCUGAUCAGAGUGCAUGGUGAGAUCCCUGCGGUCCAAACCUGCUGCUCUGAGGACGGGAUAGAAUCGAGCUUAGAGGUCCAGUCAAAGCCCGAUAAGGGCGCUGUGGUCAUGGAGUCGUCCCUGUCAUCAUGCUCUGGGGUGUGUGAAUGUGAGGCUGAUGACGGUGAUAAAGAUUUCAAGGUGAAAGCGCCGCCUGUAACGUUUACCGACAUCCCAGAGAAGGACCUUUUCCGAACCGCUGUGGAGCAAGAGCAGCUUGUUCUGUCGUGCGAAGUGUCCAGAACCGACGGCGCGGUCCAGUGGUACAAAGACGGAACCGAAAUACAACCGAGCGUUCAUGUUUCAUUGGAGGCCGAUGGCGCCAAGAGAAAUCUGGUCAUAAAAUCAGCCAAACUGUCUGACAGCGGCGCUUACACAUGCCGCACAGGAGACAACAUUUUGAUAUUUAAAGUCAACAUCAGAGAGCCGCCUGUGAUGAUCGUUUACCCCAAAGAGGACGUCCACCUGGACCGCCACGUCCCGGAGGAAAUCAUCCUGAGCUGCGAACUGUCCCGACCCAACGGCGCCGUCGGCUGGUUCAAGGACGGCCAGAAGCUGCAGGAGAGCGAGAACAUCAAGCUGAAGUACGAGGGUCCGUACCGGCGACUGAAGAUCCUCUCCAGCAGAGUCGAGGAUUCUGGCGAAUACGUCUGCGACACGGCGGACGACUCCAUAUUCUUCCAUUUGAGCAUUACGGAGCCUCCGGUUCAGAUUCUGUCGCCCAGCCAGUCCCAGAUGGAGCUGUGUCAGCAGGCGUCGGAGCGGAUGGUCCUGAGCUGUGAGAUCUCUCGGCCCAACGCUGUGGUGCGCUGGUACCGAGACGGACUGGAGGUGGAGGAGAGCGAGAGCCUCCUCCUGGAGGUGGACGGCGUCUACCGGAGGCUCAUCAUCCCGGAAACGACGGUCAGAGACUCAGCAGAAUACGUGUGCGACACCGGAGACGAUUCUGUGACGUUUUUUGUGAACAUAGCAGAACCUCCGGUGCGGUUUUUGCGCCCGCGGAAGAUGGCGAGCAGAGUGGAGAAAGUGGUUGGUGAGACUUUGGUUCUGGACUGCGAGGUUUCCAGGUCCAACGCCGAGGUGACCUGGAAGAAGAAUGGAGAAGAAGUGGAGGACUCCAGGAAGGUCACGAUCCUGGAAGAUGGCGUCGCUCGUCAGUUAACGAUUCAUUCUGUAACGCUGGAAGACACCGGGCAAUACGUGUGCGACGCGAAGGACGACGUGAUGGACUUCAAUGUCAGAGUGCAGGAUUUGCCUGUAAGAAUCCUCGGUAAAACUGAUGCAAAGACAGAAAAGCAGUUCCUAGUUUCAGAUGACAUCAUCCUGGUGUGUGAGCUGUCGAACGCCGACGCGUCCGUCCGCUGGCACAAAGACGGGCAGCCGAUUGACGGCAGCCAGAGGUUCUGCUGCGAAGAGCAGGGCGUUUUCCGCUCGCUGGUCGUCCUCAACGCCGGCCUGGAAGACUCCGGAGAAUACAGCUGCUACGCCGGAGACGACAAGAUGGCCUUCACCAUCACCGUGAGAGAACCUCCAGUGCAGAUCAUUGGGAACUCUGGGAACCCGGAGCAUCAUGUGAUGGUAACAGGAGACGACCUCAUCCUGGAGUGUGAAGUUUCCAGAGCCAGCGCCGACGUGGAGUGGACCCGGAACGGAGAGGCUCUCCGGCCCAGCGACCGGAUCCGGAUCGACAGCUACGGCGUCGUCAGGAAGUUGGUCCUCUCCGGGCUCCGGCCCUCAGACUCUGGGGAAUACGUGUGUGAAGCCGUCGACGACAAGCUGGUCACAGUUGUGGAGGUUCAAGAUCCCCCGGCCAAGUUUCUUAAUAAAGAAGGAAAGAAUAGCAUGUCAGCUCAUGAGAAUGAGAGCGUCACAUUGUGUGCCGUUGUGAGCAGUGAAAGAGCUAAUGUCCGCUGGCUGAAAGACGGCCAGCUGUUGAAUAAGGACAACAUUCAUAUCUCCAGUGAGGGUAAAACUCAUAAGCUCACCAUUAAUCCUCUGCAGCUGUCAGAUUCUGGAGAAUAUGUCUGUGACGUAAGCACGGAUGAAAUGUAUUUCAGUCUUUUAGUCGAAGAAAUGAAGGUGAAGUUUGUCCAUCGUCUAGAGAACGUGAUCUCUCUGAAAGGUAAAACUCUCACACUGCAGUGUGAGGUGAACAAGCCUAAAGGAGAUGUGCAGUGGCUCAAAGACGGUAAGGAGAUAACGCCAAGUCGCCGCUGCACAAUACGAGCCCAAGGCCGGGAGCGAAGCCUGACCAUCCAGCAGCUGACGGACCAAGACGCUGGAGAAUACGCCUGUGAAUCCAGAGACGACCGAACGGCUGCCACUGUCAGCAUCGAAGCCCCCCGCGUUGUGGAAUUCAUCGCUGAGCUGCGCAGCAUCACCAUCCGGGAAGGAGAAGAUGCCGUGUUUAAGUGCAUGGUCUCACCGGCCGACACCACCUUGGUUUGGCGUCUGAACGGAAAGGACGUCGCUCUGAACAAGCGCACCGCCGUCUCCUGUAACGGCCUGUGCCACAUGCUGUGCAUCAGCAGCUGCUUGGUGUCAGACAGCGGCAGAGUGACGGCUGACGCUGAGGGCCUGAGGUCAGAGGCGGAGCUAACGGUCCAGGAGCAACAGGCGCUGUUCACAAAGAAAAUGGCAGCCGUUGUGGCUGAGGAGUUCAGCGAGGCGACUCUGGAGGUGGAGGUCAGUCAAGAGGCGGCGGAGGUCCGGUGGAUGCGGCAGGGGAUCCUGAUCCACCCCGGCGCCAAGUACACCCUGAAACACCGCGGCCGGACCCACAGCCUGACCGUCCACCAGGUGGCGGCGGCCGACCGGGGCGCCUACAGCUGUGAAACCCUCCACGACCGGACGCAGGCCCAACUCGCCGUGGAGCCGCGAAAAAUCAGCAUCAGGCGUGGGCUGACAGACAUUAAAACCACGGAGAGAGAAACGGCAUCGUUUGAGGUGGAGCUGUCCCACCCCAACGUCCCGGGAACCUGGACCAGAAACGGGAUCCAGCUGAAGCCGACCAACCACUUCCGCAUGAGCGCCAAAGGGGAAGUGCACAGCCUGACCAUCACCAACCUGUCGGUGGAAGACACGGGCAGCUUUGUGUUCAGCGUGGAGAACCUGAAGACGUCGGCUCGGCUCGUUGUGAAGGAGCCUCCAGUGACCAUCAUCAGGAAGCUGGAAAACCAGAAGGUUCCUGACGGGUCGGUCAUCUCCUUCGACUGUGAGCUGUCCAGACACAACGUUGAUGUCAAAUGGCUGAAGGACGGCGUUGAGGUGAAGCCCAGCAAAGACGUGCGUAUUUAUGCGAUGGGAAGGAAGCGCUUCCUGCAGAUAAUGAAAUGCAGCGCGGCGGAUUCCGGCCUGUACGCCUGCGACGCUGGUGAUGCUGCCACUUCCUGCUCAGUGGAGGUUUACGAGCGUGAGCUGCUGGUCCUGCAGGGUCUGGAGGAUUUGGACAUCCAGGAGGAUCAGAACGCCGUGUUCGUGUGUGAGAUCUCAGUGGAAGACGUUCCGGGGGAGUGGUUCAAAAACGGCGAGCGGAUCCAACCGACCAGCACCGUCAGGAUCCGGCAGGAAGGAACGAAACAUUUUCUCCUCAUGUGUAACGUGCGAUCUGAAGACUCCGGGGAGAUCAAGUUUGUUGCCAGAAACGCAGAAUCUGUUGCUUUCCUGGAGGUGGAAGAGCUGCCGGUGAACAUCGUGAAACCUCUGCAGGACACGAGCGCUGUGGAGAAGAGCCGCGUGCUCCUGGACUGCGCCGUGUCCAACCCGCGCUGCAGCAUCCGCUGGUACAAAGGCAGCAACGUCGUCCUGCCCUCCGAACGCUUCGAGAUCUGCAGCGAAGGCUGCUACCGCAAACUCAUCAUCCAGCAGGUGGCGCUGGAGGACGAAGGCACCUACAGCGUGCAGGUCGGAGACCACACAUGCUCCGCCAAGCUGACCGUGGAAGCCCAGCCCGUGCUGAUGGUGCGGGAGCUGACAGACGUGGCGGUGUCGGCGCCUGACGACGCCCGCUUCGAGUGCGAGGUGUCGGCGGCGGCGGCGGCCCCGGCGUGGAGCCUGAACGGCGAGCCGCUGCAGCCCGGCCCGCGGGUCCGACUGGAGAAGAUGGGGACGGUCCACAGGCUGACGCUGCGGCAAACCGCGGCCGACAUGAGCGGCCUGGUGGAGUUCACGUCCGGGAAAGCCAGAAGUCAAGCUCAGCUCCGAGUCGCAGAAAAUCCCUGAAGGAAACUCCAACCCUGCAGUCGCCUGACGCUUCAGUCAUGUAUAAAUAUUUUAUUUAGUCUCUUUGAAAGCAGCUUAAACUCCCUUACUGUCUCCUGAAACUUAUUUUAAGUCAAACUGUAUCUUCUGUUGUGUUGUAAAUAACGUUGAAGUGAUUUGACUGGACCUGGUUUGUUUGUUUUAGCGUCAAUAAACAGCGAGAUGAUUCAGAUACUAUUUACGGUUUGGUUCAAGCGUUCGGGUUUGUUACAGUUUUAAAAUCUACACACUGAAUCCCUGAAAUCAGAAUUUGAAAUAAAAAUGACGUUUUUUUUCUUAACACCACCAGAGAAUUGGAAACAAAUUAACAUGGACAAGUUAAGAAAACAGUUAUAAAGAGUCAAGCUUACGGCUACUGAGCAUCAAGCUAACAGGUGAUCAGUGUGAAGCUAACAUCUGAGUGCUAAGCUAACAGGUACUGAAAGCUAAAAGGUACUCGGCAUUAAGCUAACAGAGAAUUUUGUUUUUGUUGGAAUGGUGAAGAGGGAAAAGGAGCUUAAUUUUGAAGAUGAUUAAAAUCUUGAUGUACAAAAACAUGAAGCUUAAAAUGGUUGUUUUGUUUGUUAUUCAGUCAAAAUGAAUGAAAACAGCAAAACAAAAAUUGAAGAAAUAAAGUUAGGUGUAUCGUUUAUGAAUUUGGUGAUGCAGAUGAGCAAACUACUGAUUAGAGGGAUGGAUAACUUCCUGUAUGGCUAACUGCUAAUAUGGCUAUGCUAAAGCCAUUGCUAAUAUCCAUCUGAUAUGAAGAUAUGUUAGAUUCCAUUUUAAAAAAUACCUUUUUUAAAUAAUUUCAUAUGUUAAAGUUGUUACUUAAAACAUUAAAUAUUCUCAGUUCCCUUUUCAAACCCAUGUGUUCAUUACCAGAACUCUACUUUGUUUAAGCCUUUACAUAUAUCAAAGAAAUUUGUUUCCUAAAUAAAAGUAAAAAAAAAAAAAAGUAUUUUAACAUGCAAAUAAACAAUCACUUUUUUUUAACUAAAAGCAGUACAAUUAAAGACAUUUACACAAACUCUGAUUCUAGACCGAGUUACAGUUAAUCAGACAAGGCAAAACACGUAACACCGUCAUCUUCUAUCAUAAAAUAGCUUAGACUCAAGUUUAUUCAAACAACAGCAUGUGUGAAGUUGUCAGUAUCUUACCUGCUGCAGACAGUAGUGGAGAACGCUGACAGCUACUCAAGCCAAAAGCCAUUCAAACUGAUGGCUAAUCAGAGCCAAGCUAACAGCUACCAAAACAAGCUAGGAACUUCACAAAAUAAAGCUGACAGCUCAAGAGAAACAUUAAUACCUACUAAGCUAAUACAUUUUCAAAACAAAAAAUAAUCCAUUUAGCUUGGGUAGCUGUUACUUUAUGCUAACAGCUACUGAAAGUAAAGCUAAUAACUUCAAAAGGCUGCUCAGAGUACAGCUAUCGUCUCAGUACAACAGCUACUAAAGCUAACGCUACUCAAACUGAAGCUAAUAACAGUUUAGUCAAGCUAUCAGCAAGAAAGCUGACAUCUACUAGCAAUAAAGCUAACACCUUAUUUAAAUAAAUAGCUGCACAGAAGAAAGCUAUCGGCUACUCAAAGUAACAUUUAAUACUAAUGCUGCAGCUAGCUUUGUGUCCACCACAAUUAGCCACUUUAGCAUGUUUAUCAAUUACAGUUUAUUUAUAUUUUGUCAAAGUAUUCGUUUUUAACCUUUUACAUGCGUUGUGUGUAGUUUUAUGAUCAUAACUUGUGCAUUGAUGUCACUGAUAAAACCUGAAGUUGAGAUAAAGUACCUUUGAUCCAAGUUACAGCACCCAGAAAAAAGCUAACAAUUUAAGCUAACAUCCUCAAAAACAUAACAGCGACUCAAAGUACUCAUCUACCAGCACUUAUAAGCUAUUAGCUUGACUCAAACAUGAGAACGUGAUUCUGCAUCUCCAAACAUUUGGAAAUAAAGACAUCUGUCCCCUGUAGAUGAUACCAACUGUUCACUGCUACUUUCUACAGCCUAGCUUAAAUAAAGCUAAACUGUCACCUGAAAGAUGAAUUUUUGCUACGAUAAAUAAUUAUUAAAGAAUCUUCUUUUCUGGUAAAGUAGGGAUUUAGUGUAGUUUUCUUAAGCACACGUAUUAACAGGCAAUUUAAACAGUGUUUUUAGCAUAAUGAGCAUUUUUUAUUUUGAAGCAUAGCAUAAUUUGUGCAUAUCUUCAAACAUCAAGAAACAUUUUUGUCUCUAUUUACAAAAGUAGUGAUCAACAUUUGUAUCCAGGUGUACUGAAUGUUUAAUUUUACGCCUGCAGCUCCCCAGAGUUAUUUUUAUGUAAGGCGAUUACGUCGCCUCGUCGCUAUGACGCCUUAUUUUCUGUGUGAUCGUGUUAAUAAUUCUGUUGUACAAAUGCUACAUUAUACUGACAUUAAAAUGAGUAAUGGUG